CAGUAGUCCCGCUAGAUAUUUUUCAUCCUCUUUUAACCUCUCCCCAUUGGCUUUCCUUCCCCUGUUCCUUUCUCUCUCUAGCCAACCAUCUCCUUCCAUUCUCUCUCUCUCUAUAUCUUUCCAUGGUGUAACCAAUCAAUCAAUUGUACAUACAUAUAAAAUUAUAUACACGCAUAUAUUCUCUUUUUCUGUCUCGCUCCUCUUAUCUUGGCUCAAGGAAAGAGGACGCCAUGAAUCGCGAGGGAGGAGGAUUCAACGGAUCUUGCUACUACUCUGUUCUCGGGAUUCAUAGGGAUGCCUCCUCCUCCGACAUUCGUGCAGCAUAUCGCAAGCUUGCUCUGAAAUGGCACCCGGACAGGUGGACGAAGAAACCCUCGGUGGCCGGAGAAGCUAACCGCCGUUUUCAGAAAAUUCAUGAAGCAUACUCAGUGCUGUCUGAUCAGGCGAAGAGGUCAAUUUACGAUGCAGGACUCCUCGAUCUGCUGGAGGAAGACGAAGAAAUGGGCGAUUUUUUACAUGAUUUGGUGAAGAUGAUGGACGACAAUGUUGGGAAGCAGGAGGAGACUCUGGAGGACCUCCAGAGAAGUUUCAUGGAGAUCUUCGGUGGAGAUUUGAUGAAUCACAACGGGAACGAAUAUCCAACGGCCAAGAAGAGGGGACAUGAAGCUACUGCAACCAAUGUCAGUGCAGCGAAACGCAACUCCACCUCUCGUUAUCAGGGUGCGUCUUAGAGGAUAACAGCCCCCGCCCUGUUGUUGUUACUGAUUUUGGGGGUAGUUUAGGUAAUUUAGUCAGGUCCUUUGGACUUUUCAUGUGGUUGGUGGCUAAAGAAAUGCUUGAAGCCAUUGUAAUUGCGUUGCGUAAUGAAAUUUAUCUUUUGAUUA